AUGCUGCAUUUGGGCUCCCGUGACUCAGGAGUGCCCUCCAACUUUAUAAGAACAAUCCAUAAUUCCUCAGAAAGAAACAGCACUCUGAAGCUUCCCUUAGCUGCUAGAUCUGCCAACCGGAACUUAGAAAUUACAACACAGACUCUGACAGAAGAUUCCUUCUUCUCCAGAAUCAAGAAGUUCUGGCAACAGCUUGAGAAAGUACUUGCUGGAUUUCAGCAACUCAGGAAGGUUUCUCAUUCCAUCCUCCCAGCACAGCCCUUACCAUGGCCUGUAUGGCAGAAAAAGCUUUCAUCCCAAGUACUGAGCCCUCGUCUUCGACAAGUCUUCCAGACCUAUCAAUCAAUGAACAAGUUUCAGGUGCCCUCAGGUGUUGGGCAGCACCUAGGCAACCUGCACCUAACUGGGAUGGACCUCUUGUGCCAGCUCAAAAGCCGUGUGAAUGUGUCUACUGUGUUAGGUGAUGAAGGACCCUUUGCAGAACCAGUAUGGAGGGGUAUGCUGCCUCAGAGGAGUUUGGCAGAAGAACUUGGUCACCUGAAGACAUGUGCAGUUGUGAGCUCAGCUGGCUCCAUGUUGGGGUCAGGAUUGGGCAAUGAGAUUGAUUCCCAUAAUGCUGUCCUUCGUUUCAAUGGAGCCCCAACUGCUGGGUAUGAAUAUGAUGUGGGCAGAAAAACAACACUCCGGCUUGUGAAUUCCCAGCUGAUGACUUCUCCAGAGCAGCAUUUUCUAGAUGGACAACUCUAUGCCCAGGGAACUCUGGUCGCCUGGGAUCCAGCCCCUUACCCUGGGGACCUAGAAGAGUGGUACAAGUCUCCUGAUUAUCCCCUCUUUGAACCCUUCCGUACCUUGCGGGCCAAAAGACCUUGGCAGCUGUUCCAUCUGUUGCAUCCACGGCUACAGUGGGAGCUCUGGGAAGUGGUUCAGGAAGGGGCAGAUGAACAAGUGCAGCGCAACCCUCCAUCUUCAGGCCUGCUGGGAACAGUGCUAAUGAUGUCCUUAUGCGAACUUGUCCAUGUGUAUGAAUUCCUACCAUCUCAACGGCAGUCCCAUCAGUGCCACUAUUACCAGGAUUUCUCUGAUGAUGCCUGCACACUGGGUGCUUACCAUCCAUUGCUCUUUGAGAAGAACUUGGUGCGUCGCAUGAACUGUGGCACAGAGGCUGACUUGGCACAAAGGGGCUGUGUGACAUUGCCAGGCUUCCAAGUCCUGAAUUGCCCAGGGGAGAGGCAUCCAAUGAUCUUC